CGGCUAGUGUGUGCUAUAUUAUAGUUUUCAGAGUCUGUGAUACUGUGUAGAAGGGUUUAAAAAUGGCACGAACCAAGCAAACCGCUCGUAAGUCUACCGGAGGAAAGGCGCCCAGAAAGCAGCUCGCUACCAAGGCUGCCCGAAAGAGCGCCCCCGCUACCGGCGGCGUGAAGAAACCUCACCGUUACAGGCCCGGGACUGUGGCUCUCCGGGAGAUCCGCCGCUAUCAGAAAUCCACCGAGCUGCUGAUCCGCAAGCUGCCCUUCCAGCGGCUGGUCCGCGAAAUCGCUCAGGAUUUCAAGACCGACCUGCGCUUCCAGAGCUCCGCUGUCAUGGCGCUGCAGGAGGCUAGCGAGGCUUACCUGGUCGGGCUCUUUGAGGACACCAACCUGUGUGCCAUUCACGCCAAGAGAGUCACCAUCAUGCCCAAAGACAUCCAGCUGGCCCGCCGCAUCCGUGGAGAACGCGCGUAAACCGCUUAACCCUUGAAACAAACAAACAAAAAAAAGUGUAAUCCAAAAGCUCUUUUCAGAGCUAC